AUGUUGAAUGCGAUUGUGAUCGUGGCUCUUUUGGGCUUUGUUCCAAAUGGACAUUCUUGGGAUGAAAAUAAGUUCAACUGCGACAACAACAUCCCAUGCACCAAAGAAUUCAGAGAUCAGGGUCAGUAUUACUUCGCCUACGAUGCAGACGAUACCCAAUUCAUUCAAUGUGAUCAGACCGGAGGUUGCAGCGUCAUGCAAUGUGCCAAUGAAACUGUCUGGAGUACAAACAUUUACACGUCCGUCCUUGCCUUCAGAGAUCUUGGCCAGUACUACUUAGCCUACGACGCUAGCGACUCCAAAUUUGUUCAAUGUGCUGAACAUGGAUGUUGUUUCGUCAUGGAAUGUGCUCCUGGAACUGUCUGGAGUUCUGAAGCCUACACGUGCGUUCAUGUCUAA